AGGCUGCCUUCACUCGAGACCAUGUUAGUAGCGACGGACGCGUAGAGGGGAGUGAUCGAAUACGUUUUGUUCAAGGUUGCCAUGGACCCUCAGCUUCCAUCGGCAUUGCUUCCAAGCGCCUGUCUGGUAUCAUUCACUCACGGUAGCAGGGCCCUGCUACAAGCCUUGGCUGCCCUCGAUGACACCUCGCUGAUCACAGUCAUCACCGAAACACUCCAAAGAAGACCCGAGCUAGCUCCUGGCGUUGUCAAUGGAGCAGUGCCGGAUCUGACCUACGCUCCAGCAGAUUCGCUGAUCAAGAGACGAGCGACGGGCAGGAUCAUGCAAGUCCCGGCCACUGGCCUGGGCUUCAUCGAUUGCCCCGAGCUGAAGGCAGUUUUUGGCAACGACGUGUACGUGCACAAGAACCAGGUCGGCACGUUCCCACCUGGGACGGAGGUGAACUUUGCCAUCCUGCUCAGCAAGGACAUGAAGCCGCAAGCUUUCGACCUUCAGCCCACAGGUCCGCCGUUUAUGCGCGGCAAGGGAGCUCCCAGCGUGUUUGGCAUGAAGGGCGGCUGGUGAUUUGGCGAUCAGCGCGGUCGGAGCAAAAGCCUGUCCGCCCAGAACAUGCUUUGCCAAAC